AUGGAUUCAGAGCUGUUAUCAGAAUGUAUAUCUCAAUAUGAUCCAAAUAUUCAAAAAUAUUUUUAUGUCAAUCAAGAUAGUGAUAUCUCACAAUUGAAUUAUUCGGAGCCAGUUAGACCAUCGUCACCUCAAUAUUCUCAGCCGCAUUUGGAGCUGCCACCGGGAUGCAUAUCUCAAUAUGAUCCAAAUACUCAGAAAUAUUCUUACGUCAAUCAAGCUACUGGCAUCUCGCAAUGUAAUCACCUUGGGCUAGUUGGGUCACCGGGAUCUCAAUAUUCUCAGCUACAAUAUGAAAUGGAUUUGGCGUUGCCACCAGAGUGGAUAAUUCAAUAUGAUACAAAAACUCAGGAAUAUUUUUACGUCAAUCAAGUUACUGGUAUCUCGCAAUGUAAUCAACUGGGGCCAGUUGAACUACAGGCAUUUCAAUAUUCUCAGCCACAAAUUGAAAUGAAUUCACAAUGGGAUCAUCUGGGGCCAGUUGGACUAUUACCUGCUGAACCACCAUUUUCUGGGCCACCUUCUGGAACAUUUGAAUUACAAUAUUCUCAGCCGCAAUAUAGUACACUUCAAUCAGUAAAUUAUUCACAAAACACAUAUUGUAAACCGUCAAAUAAUGAGUAUGGACAAUCUCCACUGACACUGAGUUCGACUAUUCAAGGAAAUUUAUCAGAAAAUUCGUUAGUUAUGGUAAGCUCACGUAAUAUUGACCUUAUAAACUCGGCUUUUACAGCUGUGAUGGGAACUUACAUGUUUAUAUCUGAGAAAGAAUUUCAAGCUGGACAAUCCUGUGGAGAAACUUAUGAUGCAACGUAUAAUCAAGUUGAUUUAAACUCGCUACAUCAGAUUAACCUUGUCAGCUGUAAUCUGAAUACUGUAAAUAAUCUGAGCACUAAUUUUACCAGUCUGUGCACAUUUGAUCAAUAUAAUUCUCAAAAAGGACAAAUUUUUGUUAAGACUCUCACUGGUAAAACAAUAACACUUGAAUGUACAGAAAAUGACACUAUUGAUGCUAUUAAGCUGAAACUUCAAGAUAAAGAAAGUAUUCCAUCGGAUCGACAGAAAUUAAUUUUUGAUGGGAAGCAAUUGUUGGAUGACCGAACGCUUUUCGACUACAAUAUUAAAACAGAAAAAGGAACCGAAAGUACAUUGCACAUGGUUUUACGUCUACGUGGACGUGAACGUAUAAUUAGCUGCUUAAGUGUGAGUGCUUUGGACCCGCAAUAUGAUUAUGAUUUUAGGAAGGUUAAUGAUCUAGGACUUACAUUUAUGCGGGGUGAAAUACAAUAUAAAAGACCAUGUGGAUGGAAACGUAUCGCCUUAAAGGUUACUGGAAAGUAUGAUAACGGUGAUGACAAAUGGCUUGGUACCGGUAAAAGUUCCUGGCCAGUAUCGUAUCAUGGUACUGCUAAACAUAAUGCAAAAUCAAUUGCUGAAGAAGGUUAUGAUUUAAGCAAAGGUGUUAGAUUUGCUUAUGGACAUGGUAUUUAUUCAACACCUGACGUUCAUGUAGCUGAAAAAUUCGCGAAGGAUUUUGAAUUUAAAGGAAAUAAAUAUGUGAUGAUAUUUCAGAAUAGAGUAAAUCCUGCUAGUUUAAAAAUAAUUAAGGUUAAAAAUGGCGAGUAUUGGGUUUCUGAAAAAGGUGAGGAUGUUAGACCAUAUGGAAUUUGCAUUAAAAAAAAGUAA